AUGGCUUGUGCGAUCUCUUCAAAGUCACCUGUCGGUGAUAUCGACGCAUUUGCCCCCUUUCUGUCGAAUUCUAAGUGUCUGUUUGUUUGUUUAUUUGAAGAGCAAAUGGGGUCUGUUUCUCUGUGCCAUUUUUUCUUAUUCCUUGCCUGUGUCGUUUUGGAUGGCAUCAACGGUCAAGUUAACGGCUGGCUUAACGGCCACGCAACCUUUUAUGGAGCCAACCAAAACCCCACCACUCUUGGUGGAGCUUGUGGUUAUGAUAGCACUGUCCAUGCCGGAUUUGGCGUGAACACAGCAGCUGUUAGCAGUGCGCUUUUCAGAGAGGGGGAGGCGUGCGGCGGUUGCUACCAAGUGAUGUGCAACUACCGGCUUGACCCAAAGUGGUGCCUCCCCCGCCGUGUUAUAACCAUUACUGCCACCAAUUUCUGCCCUCCUAACAAUAUUGGAGGGUGGUGCGAUCCCCCUCACCAGCACUUUGACAUGUCUCAGCCUGCUUUCUUACGCGUUGCACGGCAAGGCAAUGAAGGCAUUGUUCCUGUCCUCUAUAGAAGGGUCUCAUGCAAAAGGAGAGGAGGAGUCCGUUUCACAUUGAAGGGGCAAUCAAAUUUCAACAUGGUGAUGAUCUCUAACGUUGGUGGUAGCGGUGACGCGAAGGCCGUAUGGAUAAGAGGCUCCAGGACAAGAACGUGGAUUCCCAUGCAUAGGAAUUGGGGCGCAAACUGGCAGAGCAGCGUCGACGUUCGAGGACAAAGGCUGUCUUUUAAGAUCACCUUGGUUGAUGGAAAAACCACUGAGUUUUUCAAUGUUGUUCCUUCCACGUGGAGCUUUGGCCAGACUUUUUCUUCCCAAAAUCAGUUCUCUAAUAAUUAG